AUCUUGAUAAGAUCAAAGAAAAAAGAAGUCUGUCCUCUCGCGUGGAGAAAAUUGGAUUUGAUUGUGAACAGGCGUCAAAUGGCAUGGCUUCUUCUUUGUUUACAGUUAGUUCAUCAGUUCAGAGUCAAUUUAAUCAGGCAGCAGGCAUAAGCUAUAAGCCUGAAAUUGAUAUGAAGGCAAAGCCUAAAUCAGCUUAAGGUGCAAUUCCAGCCAAUCCAACAGUGGCAUCAGACACAUCAUGCAGGGCAAAUGAUCACCACCACGCUGCUGCUCCACCCCAUCUGCUCUUAAGCGCCUCCUCUUCAUGCAGUCUUCGAGUCUAAGCCAAAUGGAGAAGGCUCAGCAUGGAACAAGGCUUUUGGAAGAGCUCGAUCUCCUCGAGAAGCCCAAGGUCUCGGAGCCGGCGAGCCGAAGGAAUGUGUUCUGCUUCUGGAAGUGGAAGGUGCUCCGAUUCCUCGACGGCUUUCGGAGGCGGGGAUCGCACUGCGUGGUCUGCCUCCAGGUCCAUCAGAUCGACGGCUUGCCGUCGGCCAUGGACGGCCGGGUCCUGGUCGUGGGCUGGAAGACCAAGGGGUGCAAGGGGGAGCACACUCUCCCGGUUCAUGUUUGCGGAGGAGUUGCCGGCUUCGAUGAGAUCUUCCUGCACUACUGCAUCAGCGACGUGCAGUCGAUGCUGGGGAGCUUCACCGUUUGGGCCUCUUUGGUCGAUGCCGCCGACUGCGAUCUGGGUACUUUUCAUGUGGAUUUGAGCGAGUUCGCUACUGCUACCGAGAAUUCGAACUCCGCGUUCGCCGGGAAGACGAUGAGCUUCGUUCUCGGAGGCGUGGCGGGUGGUGGAGCACUGAGGCUGAGCGUGUACUGCAGGACGUUGGAGGACGAAGCCGGUGAUCGAAUCGGCCAAAAGCAGGCGAAGAGCAAAUGCUUCUCGUGCCUCCCUGAUCUCGGUGGUUGCAUCAGGAGCUCCCCGAUGACCUUCUGCGCGCGCAGGAUCCCCUCCCUCCGCUCCGACCACGGCUUCAUCACCUUCGAGAACUUGAUCGCGGGGUGUCCUCCGAUCAACGACGAGGACGGAGGCUUCAUAACGAUCGAGAAGGGCGGCGUCGGCUCGCGGUCGAGGCGGCCUCCCUCGGACCACCUGGCGAACACCGACGAUGACGAAAGCGGCGGGCCCGAGGAUGAGCAGCCAUGCCUCAUGACAGAACUCAACGAGGAACUCGACGACGACGACGACGACGACGACGACGAAGGGGUAGAGAACGAGUUUCUUAAGAUGUUGGAGGCGAAUGACGAGCCAUGGAAGAAGGAAGCUGGAAAGAGCUUGAGCUUAAGCUUGGAUCUGAGCGCAGACUUAGACUUGGAUUCGUUGAUAAAGGAAGCGGAGAUGGAGCUGAAGAAGGCGGCACAGGCGUGGAACAGCGGAACCGGGGCAGCUCUGCUGCUGGAGAAGGAAGAGCACGAGGAGCUGAUGAGGAGAUGGGGAUCGAACGAGCACCGUUCUUCUCCAGGCUGCUCCGGGCUUCAUGCCUUCGGUAGUCCUCUCUAGUCUGAGAUGAUGUAAUCUUAAUCAUAUGUUGCUCGACAAUCACAACGUAAUUGUUAUUCUACUCCUCAAGUUAAUGUCACGUGCUUGUCACGUGGACCGAAUGUAGACUGUACAUCUGCAUCUCCUGCGAUACGCACAAUAAUUUUCUG